AUGGUGACCGAUGGUGACGAUCUCGGUUCCCUCCCAUCGCAUGUCCACGGAGAACACGACCAUUCCAAUUAUAAUGAGAUGGGGAAGGUGGACGACGAUGACGGAGAUGAACAGGGCGACGAACGGUCAGAGGACUCGGAAGAUGAACGGGAACCUUGUAUGGACGCUCUCUUCGCUGUAUCAGUUCGUUCAGUCGGACUGUGUGUGAAUGCGAAUGGACACGCAACCAACGAUACUCAAUCUCGCAGCAUGCGAAAACCACCAACCCGGGAGGAGGAACAUGCAAACGAUGUUAUGUUCUGCACGACUCGAACUGCCACAGAGACUGUUUCUCAAUUAUUAAAUUGCAUCGGCAGAUCCUGCACACAGGAUCCUUCAAUGCUCCUGGUUCUCGGAUCUGUUCUUUUGAAAGUCCUGAGCUGCUACGAAGCUCUGUACGAAUCUGAGAUUGGCAGGCUAGUCGUGUCAAACACUCCGCUGCCGAAUGGUUGCGAAGACAUGAGCUCACGACGACAUCAUUCGGAUAGCAGCCAGUCUGGGGAUCAGCACUCUACAGCACCCUCGCAACCGUCUGAAAGUACGAAAUAUACUGUCCCGUUGACUAUUCCAUUGACGACUGGCGUUUUCAAUCUAUCCCGUGCCACGGAGACAAAAGUGAAGGCCCAGCUACUGCUUUGCGAGGUGCAGACUUUAUCUCAGGUGUGUCAGGCUCUCUAUCGUCGAGUAUAA